AUGGCAGCCUCCUCGAGAGGCCUGAGCCUCCGCCUCCUCCUCCUCGGCCCCAGACCCGGCCCCCUUUCCGCGACACAACCCCUCCUCUCCCGCCGGCUCUUCAGCUCCCUGAGUCCCCUCCGAUACGCCGCGAAACACUCGCGCACGACGGCUCCGACCAACCUAACCCGCAACGCCGCCCUCUCCAAGCCGACGACAAAAGCUCCCCUCCCGUCAACAGCUCCAAAGACAACGACAAACCCCGCGACAGCCGGCGCCGGCUCCGCCUACGCCCUCGCAACUCAACUCGCCCAGCGCACCCAACCAACAGUCCUCUACGAAGCCGUCUCCCACUUCUGGAUGAAGCUCUCCGCCUGGUCUGCCACCCUCAUGUUCUACUCCUACGCCGGCAUAAACUACUACACAAUCCUGCUCCACCCGCCCGAGGACAUCGCCUUCUGGGUCCCUCACGCUUUCGCAGUAAUCUGCGUCGCCAUGGCCGGCUUCGGCUCCUAUUUCCUCUACAACUCGCUCAACAUCGUCAAGCUCAUCCGCGCCGUGCCCACCGCCUCCCUCCUCAAGCCCGCCGCCGGUAAGAACGGCAAGGCAGCAGCCGCCGCCGUUCUCCCGUUGGGCGUGACCAGCGCAAAGACGCAUCCCAUCGUGCUGGAAAUCACCUGCAAGCGCAUGAUGCCCGGCACACCCAAAAAGCUCCUCGUCGCGCCGGAGCAGGUCUCGAUACCCGGGCGCAUCUACUCGCCCCUCAUCGCGCCCACACCCGCCAUGGAGAGGGCAGCCGCGCGGCAGCGGCAGGUGCAGGCCAAGGCGGACUGGGAGUACGACAAGGGACACCUCAUGACGACGCCGUUCCGGCACGCGAGCAAGGGGUUCAAGGCGGCGUGGUACGGCGUCCGGAGGGCCGUCACCAAGGAAGGGUUUAUGAAGAUGGAGGUCGGCAAGAACAAGCUCAAGCUGGACGUUGCUACGGGGUGGGCGUUGGAUGAUGGGCGGGCUUUAGAUCGUCUGGUCAAGAUUGGAGCGUGA